AUGAAUCAGGAGAUGAAUGGAGUUGAGGCUGAGAGGGUGAAAGAAAAUGUACACGAUAAAAUAGAUUAUGUUUUUAAGGUGGUGGUGAUAGGGGACUCAGCAGUGGGCAAGACUCAAAUACUCUCAAGGUUUGCAAAGAAUGAAUUCUGCUUUGACUCAAAGUCCACUAUUGGAGUUGAGUUUCAGACUAGAACUGUCAAAAUUAAUGGCAAAGUCAUCAAAGCCCAGAUCUGGGAUACUGCUGGCCAAGAAAGGUACCGGGCAGUGACGAGUGCAUACUAUAGAGGUGCAUUAGGGGCAAUGUUGGUGUACGACAUAACUAAAAGACAAUCGUUUGAUCAUGUGGCAAGGUGGGUUGAGGAGCUGCGAGCACACGCUGAUAGCUCCAUUGUGAUCAUGCUAAUUGGAAACAAAGGUGACCUUGUGGACCAAAGAGUGGUACACGCUGAAGAUGCAGUGGAGUUUGCAGAGGAUCAGGGUCUCUUCUUCUCUGAGACUUCAGCUCUUAGUGGUGAAAAUGUGGAUAGUGCUUUUUACAAAUUGCUCGAAGAGAUCCAUAGGGUAUUCUCCAAAAGGUCAUUGCAAUGUUGUAAUGGGAAGGCCAAGGAUGACAACAAUGUUGCCACUCUUAAAGGGUCAAAAAUAGAUAUAAUCUCAGCUGCUGAAUUGGAAAUCAGUGACAUGAACAGAUUAUCUUCGUGUUCUUGUUGAUCAACAACUUAUUGAGAUCCAAGUAUAAGGAGAGAGAGGAGUGAAAAUUACAUACAGUAACAAAG